AGCAGGCUCUCUCGGAACACGUCCGAGUUGUCCACGCCUCCAAGAACCUCGGCCGGACGAAAACAAAGUGCAAAAGCUGUCCAGCAGGCCCUCGUGGCAUCUCGCCGGAGUUGGCCAUUCCCUGGCGAACCUCCACCGGACAAAACAAGUGUCCCGCAGGUCCUCUCGGAACACGCCCGCGUUGACCACUCCUCGACGAACCACGACCGGACAAAAAAAAAGUUUAAAAGCUGAUUCGCAGGCCCUCUCGAAACACGCCCGAAUUGUCCACUCCUCGACUUGUCGGCGAACCUCGACCGGACAAAGAAAAGUGUUGAAGUUGUCCGGCAACACACCGGAGUUGGAGACUUGCCGGCAAACCUCGUUUGAAAAUCGACCAGAUAGAGAUGGCGAACAAUCUGUCGGCGAAAGCACAAAAACUUCAACCGGAGGAUAUUGCCAGGUACCAUGAAAAGAUACGGGUCAUAGAUGGAAUUGACCCGUAUAACAUGGAGUUUGAUUCUGGCAACCUACCGCUAACAGUGGAUUAUGACAAGAUAUUCACACACUUGAUAACCAAAAACUCCUUUCGGACCGGACAGCCGCACCACAACAUGAAGUCCUUGGAAGCGUACAAAGCCUUCCAGACGGGUUUUGUUAAGGAAGUGAAAGGUUGUCAGCAAAAGGAUUUGUACGUUGUUCUUGGAAAGGUACUUCACAGUAUGAGCGUGAACGAACCACCAGCAGAAUGUUGGCUUCUGGUUCAAGACGAGGAUACUGAUGAGCAUGAAACUGGAACGAUCAUUUCUGCACACUGCGAUUGCACUGCUGGUGCAGGAGAAACGUGCACCCACGUGGCAGCAGUCUUGUAUGCCUUAUCAUUCGCGCGCGAGAUUUGUUUGGGCAAACAGAUUGCCGUGACCGAACUACCGGCAUAUUGGACAGCGCCAGGAGGCUCGGCAAACCAGAACAUGUUUGUACCUAUCGAGCAAGUGUCCUUCGGCCGGAUUCGCGAAACGUUCUGUGAUUUGCGCUUUUUUAAUCUGGAGAGGUCAGACGAAGACUACAAAGCACUAAUUUCAAAGCUUAUGGAAUCUGGUCAGGACGUGGCAGUAGCAAAGGCAUUUUUCUCAAGGCCCAACGGUACGGACGAGGACGAAGAACUUGUCCGAAAUAGGCAGAAAAUAGAAAAUCUGUCGAUGCUUGCCCUGUACGACGAUUGCUUUGAGCAUCUACCCAUAGAAGAACUUCGAGCGGCGGUUAAAUUUAUGGACUGGAGUAUUCAGCAAGAAAGUUGUGACCUUGUCGAGGAGAUGACGAGACAGCAAUCGGGUGACCCUCUCUGGUUUAAGAUGCGCAUAGGUAGAGUAACAGCUUCGGUUUUCAAACGGUGUGUCAGAACGAGUUCUUCAAACCCAUCAAUGUCGCUCCUUCGAUCAAUCUUCACGGAAAAUCAAAAUCAAAGUAUACCAGCUUGUCUCCACGGGAAACUCAACGAAGCCAACGGUGUUGCUGCAGCGAUUAAGUGCUUCCAGAUUCAAAAGCACCGGAACGUUCGUCACACUGACAGUGGAUUGGUAAUUUCUCCCAAUUUUCCCUAUUUUGCAGCAUCGCCGGAUCAAAUCAUUACGUGUGAUUGCUGCGGAAAAAUAACGGUCGAAGUGAAGUGUCCUUUUAAGUUUGAAAAUCUAAAUCGAGAAGAAGGCAUUAACUUAUUAUUGAAUCAAAAACAAGCAUACAUCGUGCGUAAUGAUACUGGUGCAUUGGUUAUGAACCGCGACCAUAGUUACUAUUUCCAAGUGCAGAUGCAAAUUUUCCUCACGAAUGCCAACUAUGGAUUUUUCGUCAUAUAUGCAUCUAAAUUUCAAUUGUUCUUGAAAGUUCAUCGUAAUAAUGAGUUUUGGGAAAAAAAUUCCAAAAAGGCAGAAGAGUUUUUCGAAAAUGUUCUAGGACCGGAGAUAAUCGGACAUUUUUACUCACCGAGAUUUUGA